AUGCUGGUCGAUGAACCAGAGGAAGAUGAAAUAGAAGCUGAUGUUGAAAGAGAUCAAGAUCAAAUGUCUCCCGAGACUGAACAUCUGUUGAAAGAUAUUGAUUAUGGUUUGGAAACUGAAAAGGCAGGUGGUGAGGAAGGUGACGAUGAAAGAAAGAGCUCAUCUCAUUCAGAUUCAGAAGUUGAUGAAACUGAACAUUGGAAAAAAGUUAUGUCAGAUAAAGAAAAACAUAAGAAAAGAAAGAGGAGUGGAGAUGACAAUGAUGAUCUGUAUAUUCCAUCACCAGAGCAUGUCCAAGAAGUUCAAACACCACCAUCAUCUAGAGGUAGGAAGAAAUCUAAUUCAAGAAAACAUGUUAAAUCUCCUGCAGCGCGAAGGUUGAAAAUCUUGCUGAAAUCAAAACCUAUCCAGGAACCAAGUCAACCACCUUCAACACCACCUGAACCACAACAACAAUCAUCACCAAAACAACCUUCACCACCACCUGAACCACAACAACAAUCAUCACCAAAACAACCUACACCACCACAUCAACCAUCACCACCUCAAUCGCUUCCACAACUUCAUAUUUCUACACCUACAAAUGAACAACCUGUUGUCACCUCACCACAUAUCCUACAAACACCACCAACUUCACAACCACCAGUACAAACGACUCCUGGAUCUUCUGGUUUCAAAGACUUCCCAAAUGUUCCAGAGAAUAUACCUCUUGAAGAUAUUGGAGAUUUUAGUUUUGUGAAUGGCGAGCAUGUGAAGAAGUUACAACAGAAAGUGGAUGAAGUGUUGAUUGAGAAAAAGAAGCUAGAAAAGCGUGUCAAAAGAGUUGAAGCCGAUCAAGAUGAUAUUGACAUAUUGAAAGUUCGAAUUGCAGAGUUGGAAGAGGAAAAGGCUCGUAGAGAUGAGCAAAAUGAAAAUUUCAAGCUAAAGAACAAAGAGUUAGAGGCUACCAAUGCAAAGAAAGAGCAUGAAAUGUAUAUGAUGAAUAAAGUAUUGGAGAACUUGAUUGGGAAGCCUGUUGAACAAAGAUUUGAAGAAAUCGAGCUUGAAGAAGUCAGAGCACGACGUAAGGCUGAGAUUGAAGCAGAAAUGCAGAACAAGGGUAAAGGUGUUCAAGUUGAAGGUGUUAUUGAAGUAACUGAAAGGGCAGUCGUUCCAUCUAUAGUUUCUGAAUCACCUAUUCAAAAUCCUUGUCCUAUAUAUUCAGUUUCUGAUGAUGUAUUUUCUGCUAGUCAUGAUUAUGAUGACGGGUAUGAUGACGAUAAUCAAGGUGGUACAGGCAUCAAAGUUACUGAAGUGACUACUGAAGAAAAUGUUGAUGAUUAUCUUCAUGACGAUGCUAAUGAAGAACCUGAGGAUGCUGAAAGUGAGGGGGAGCCUGAUGAUACAAAGAAUGUUGAUGAUAGUGAUGAUCAUGUUUCAAGACUAAUUCUACGCCUUGAACAUGGAGUAGAGGAAGGAGAAAUUUUGCACACUUAUAUGUUAGGUGAGUACUUAGAGAUGUCACAUAUUGAUGAAAACAAUUUCAACUUUGAUUUUGAAGAGGAGCUGAAUCAGUUUGAUAUUAAUUAG